AUCGCCCAAAGGCAAAUUCCGCAGCAUUCUUAUUCCCGAGCUCACGAUUAAUCUGGAUUCAUACAUACAGAAGAUAACCAGAAAUUGUGAUCUUCGCCCCGUCAGAUCUUUGUCCAUUACAUCGUUCCCUGCUCGGCAGUUUAUAAGUUUUUGGGAUAAACCUAAAGAAUCCGAGAGAUAUGGCGCAAGCAGUCGAAGAAUGGUACAAGCAGAUGCCCAUCAUCACCCGCUCCUACCUCACCGCCGCCAUCGUCACCACGAUCGGCUGUUCCUUAGAGAUUAUAUCUCCGUACAAUUUAUACUUGAAUCCCAAGCUGGUGGUGACGCAUUACCAGUUCUGGCGCCUCAUUACCAACUUUCUCUACUUCAGGAAAAUGGAUUUGGAUUUUUUGUUUCACAUGUUUUUCCUGGCACGAUACUGCAAGCUCCUUGAGGAGAACACUUUCAGAGGAAGGACUGCAGACUUCUUCUACAUGCUUUUUUUUGGAGCCACCGUGCUAACCGGAAUUGUUCUCAUUGGUGGAAUGAUACCUUAUGUCUCGGAGUCAUUUGCAAAGAUCAUCUUUCUCAGCAACUCACUAACAUUUAUGAUGGUAUAUGUUUGGAGCAAGCAAAACCCCUACAUCCAUAUGAGCUUUUUGGGUCUCUUUACUUUCACAGCUGCUUAUCUUCCAUGGGUGCUUUUGGGCUUCUCUGUUCUCGUUGGGGCUAGUGCUUGGGUCGAUCUAUUGGGGAUGAUUGCAGGACAUGCAUACUACUUUCUCGAGGACGUUUACCCGCGGAUGACCGGACGCCGACCACUGAGGACACCCGCCUUCAUCAGAUCAUUGUUUGCAGAAGAGCCGGUGGUGAUGGGUGGACGCCAUGUCCAGUUUGCAGCUCCUCCUCCUCCUCCUCUGGAAGGAGAAGAUCACCAUAAUUGAAUCAUUUAGUUCAUGAGGUUCUCUCGACUUCUAUGUGUACUAAUUUAGUUCCAUUUGCUUAUGUAAAUGUAAAUUUACAUGGAUAUCUUCUCAUUCACAAGAUUUUUACCUUCUUUUUGACAUCCAACAACAUUAUUUUAACUCUCCACCCCCAGUUGAGAAAUUAUUUUGGGACGUGCCCUUAGCACAUUAUAAGUACUUAUACUGUAUAAAACCUUCGAUUGACAUUAAAGAACUCUCCAUG